GCACGUCAUACACAAGAGAUGAGUUUCACUCAGCCAACAACGAUCAAAGAACUAAACUGUCACACAAAAGAAUACAACAAGCAUGAAAGGUGACCCUCAAGCUUCUCGGCCUCACUUAGUCAACUAAGUGCUAGCUAAAGCUGGCUAACAUUAGCGACGCAAGGGUGAGCGUCAAGUGGAGUGUUUAUCGCGGGGAAAUGUGUGCAAGAAGGACCGCAGAGGGCGAGGAACCAAAAGUAGCAGACUUCAGUGAAGAUCUUUGUCCAGCGCCACAGGAGCCAGAGUCCCCUCCCAUUAAAGAGGAAGAGGAGCCACAGUCCCCUUAUAUUAAAAAAGAGGUGGCUAAAGAGGUCCCCCACAUCAAAGAGGAAGAGGAGGAGCAGGGCAUCACCAAGUUGCCAUCGACCGGUGUCCCUCAGAAGAGUGAAGAUGAAGGUCAAAGUGUGGAGAACAGAGGGGCGGAGCCUCGAAGCAACAUCAGCUCAAGUCAACACAUGACAGCAGAAAGUGAUGUAGACCACUGGGGAGGAUCUCAAGUAGAUGUCCUCUUAGCUCCACCAUCAGGUAGUGACGACACAGCGUCACAUUCUCCUCACAACGAUGAGGAUGAUGAUGAUGAUCAGUCUGAAGAUCAGGUGAGAUGUCACACUGACAACCAACGCUGGAAAUGUUCUCAGUGUGGGAAAAUCUUUGGCUACAACUCUCUCUUGAAAAGGCACCUGAUGAGCCACAGCGGAGAGAAACCUUUCGCCUGCUCAGUUUGCGGCCAAAGAUUCUGUGAGAAGGGAAACUUGACAACACACACAAGAACCCACACUGGUGAGAAACCUUUUUCCUGCUUAGUUUGUGGUCAAAGAUUCUCUCGAAAGGGAAUCUUAAGAAGUCACUCAAGAACCCACACUGGAGAGAAACCUUUUCCCUGCUCAGUAUGUGGUCAAAGUUUCUCUCGAAAGGGAAUCUUAACAAGUCACUCAAGAACCCACACUGGAGAGAAACCUUUUGCCUGCCCAAUAUGUGGUCAAAGAUUCUCUCACAAGAAAAGCCUGACAAUACACACAAGAACACACACUGGAGAGAAACCUUUCUCCUGCUCAGUUUGUGGCCAAAGAUUCUCUGACAAGGGAACCUUGACAAAACACACAAGAACUCACACUGGUGAGAAACCUUUUUCCUGCUCAGUUUGUAACCAAAACUUCUCUCAGAAGGGACAAUUGAGAAGUCACACAAGAACCCACACUGGAGAGAAACCCUAUUCCUGCUCAGUUUGUGGUGAAAGAGGGGCGGCGAAGACGACGAAGGAGGAAGCGCGGCGUCGUCCAAGUGAAACUUCGCAAGAGAGGAUACAGAUUGGCGUUCCCGUCAAUCCACCUCACGAAUCUACGCUCGCACCCAACAAAAUGGACGAGCUUCAUCUUCUGACAAAGAGACCAGUAAAGACUUCGGACGUUCCACCGCCCUGUGCUUUACGGAGACACGGCUUUGUGAACGCAUCCCGAUGGCGCCGUAAUGCUUCAAGGGCUUCCAACUACACCGGGCAGACCGCGUCAUGGAGGGAUAUGCUUCUAUAUCAACGAAAAAUGGUGUACCGACGUCACGGAGCUCAGCACACACUGCAGCCCGGAUUUGGAGUCGCUCUUUUUUGACUACGUCAGUGACGACCUUCGUCUCGAGCCACAGGAGCCGGAGUCCCAACCCAUUGAAGAGCAAGAGGAGGACAAAGAACUCCCUCAGAUUAAAAUGGAGGAGGUGCCACCAUAUAUCAAAGAGCAAGAGGAGGAUGAAGAACUCCCUCAGAUUAAAGUUGAGAAUUCUCAUGUCAAAGAAGAAGAGGAGGAUUUGCCACCAUAUAUCAAAGAGGAAGAGGGGGAGGAAGACAUCACCAAGUUGCCAUAGACCGGUCUCCCUUCGAAGAGUGAAGAUGAAUGUCAAAGUGAGAAAAGCAGAGUCGCGGCAGUUCAAGUCAACACAUCACAACAGAAUGUGAUGGAGACCAGUGUGGAGGAUGUCAAGCAGACGCCAUCUUUGCCCCAGCAUCAGAUAGUGACGACACAACAUCACACUCUCCUCACACUGAUGAUGAUGAAGAGUCUGAAGCUCAUAAGACAGGUCACACUGCCAAGAAACGCUGGGAAUGGUCUCAGUAUGGGGAAAACCUUUUCUUAUACGUCUAAUUUGAUAUGCCACGUGAGAAAACACACUACGGAGAAACAGUUAACCUGCUUAGUUUGCUGCCAAACAUUCCUUAACACUCAAGAACAAACACUGGUGAGAAACCUUUUUCCUGCUCAGAUUGUGGUAAAAGAUUCUCUCAGAAGGGAAAUUUAGAAACCGUUUGUCUGCUCAGUUUGAGCCCAAAGAUUCUCUGAUAAAGGAAGCUUCAAAAGACACUAGAAUACACACUAGUGAGAAACCUUUUGCCUGGCCAAGAUUCUCUCGGAAGGGAGACAUCAGUCACAGAAGAAUCCACAUUAGAGAGAAACCAUUUACCUGCUCAGUCUGCGGCCAAAGUUUCUCUCAGUAGGAUAGGGUGAGAGUAGCAGUGAUCAAUGAAGGUUUCGCCUCUCAUACGAGCAGGCUUCAUCAAUUCAUGCAGCAAGGAUGAUUGUAUUCUGUGUUUGUUUUUUUAAGGCCUGAUGUGAACAAUUGUUGAGAAUUAGCGCUCGAGCUAAAACACUAGUAGUACACAUCUGCUUUGUCCAAUGUUUUUCUGAUGUGAAUACCAACUAAGCAAAUGAUUGAUAGAAAUAGACUGUGAGGAAGCUUUGACUCUUUGGGGAGGUGGAAAACUACAUCUACUGUAUAAUACUGAAUCCUCUUUUCCUUUGGGCUUGUCCCGUUAGGGGUCGCCACAGCGCGUCAUCCUUUUCCACGUAAGCCUAUCUCCUGCAUCCUCCUCUCCAACACCAACUGCCCUCAUGUCUUCUCUCACGACAUCCAUCAACCUUCUCUUUGGUCUUCCUCUCGCUCUCUUUCUUGCCUGGCAGCUCCAUCCUCAUCAUCCUUCUACCAAUAUACUCACUGUUUCUCCUCUGGACGUCUCCAAACCACCGAAGUCUGCUCUCUCUAACUUUGUCUCCAAAACAUCGAACCUCGGCUGUCCCACUGAUGAGCUCAUUUCUAAUUUUAGCCAACCCGGUCACUCCGAGAGCGAACCUCAACGUCUUCAUUUCCGCCACCUCCAGCUCUGCUUCCUGUUGUCUCUUCAGUGCCACUGUCUCUAAUCCGUACAUCAUGGCUGGCCUCACCACUCUUUUAUAAACUUUGCCCUUCAUCCUCACAGAGACUCUUCUGUCACAUAACACACCUGACACCUUCCUCCACCCGUUCCAACCUACUUGGACUCGUUUCUUCACUUCCUGACCACACUCACCAUUGCUCUGGACGGUUGACCCCAAGUAUUUCAAGUCCUCCACCCUUGCUAUCUCUUCUCCCUGUAGCCUCACUCUUCCCCCACCACUCCUCUCAUUCAUGUCUUACUUCGGCUAAUCUUCAUUCCUCUUCUUUCCAGUGCAUGCCUCCAUCUUUCUAACUGUUCCUUCACCUGCUCCCUGCUUUCACUGCAGAUCACAAUGUCAUCUGCAAACAUCAUGGUCCACGGGGAUUCCAGUCUAACCUCAUCUGUCAGCCUAUCCAUCACCACUGCAAAAAGGAAGGGGCUCAGGGUUGAUCCCUGAUGCAGUCCCACCUCCACCUUAAAUUUGUCUGUCACGCCUACAGCACACCUCACCGCUGUUCUGCUGCCCUCGUACAUGUCCUGUAUUAUUCUAACAUACUUCUCUGCCACUCCAGACUUCCGCAUGCAGUACCACAGUUCCUCUCUGGGUACUCUGUCAUCGGCUUUCUCUCGAUCUACAAAGACACAAUGUAGCUCCUUCUGACCUUCUCUGUACUUUUCCAUCAACAUCCUCAAGGCAAAUAAUGCAUCUGUGGUGCUGUAUAAUACUGAAUAAAAUGAGCAUAUUUUUUGUCAUGAAAUGUGUUGUGUACGAUGGGAGGAAAAAGUAUGCGAAUCCUUUGGAAUUUAUAUAGUCUCAUCUUUACUGAAAUAAAAAGAGAAUACAAUAAUUUACAAAUCCUUUCCAACCUAUAUUCCGUUGAAUUAGGGUUGUUCAAUUGAUUAUUUUAUUAAGCAGAUUAAUCACGAUUAACUACGUGCUUGCAGAAUUUUAAGUCACUUUUAAAAAGACUCCAAUAUUUUGGCACAAAUACAUUUUUUUGUCAAAAUGUCAUACAAGAUCAUGUUUUACUUGAAUGCGUACAAUUGAUUUGCUCAAAACAUGAUAACAGCCUGCCCUGCGACUGACUGGCAACUCCUCCAAAGUCAGCUGGACUAGGCUCCUGCUCCCCGUGACCCUGAAGAGGAUAAAUGGUAUAGAAAAUGGAAGGCUUGAUUGGUAACAGCCUAGUAAGAACAUUUUGGACAUUUUGAACAAUUCUGCAAUGAUAUUGCAAACAAAGUGCUGAUGACCACCAAUAGGUAAUGUACUAAACACGUCCAUAAACAUUUGUCAUCGAUUAGAUGAGCAGUUACCCCAAGAUGAUUGUGAUUAGUCACUGAAGUCCAGUUGUCCGAGGUAAUGCCGAGAUCAGACUCCAGGAUUUUAGGCCCGAUAUUGGCCGGAUUAGCAAUCGCGGACGAUUUCCCAGAUCGGGCCCGACAUAUUUUGUCGGCAACAACAAAAAUUCUUGUACUGUGACAUCAUCCACGACCAACAAUUUGGCCCUAUGAUAGCCCUACGACGCCAAAAUGAAAAGUCUAGCAAGUUUGAUUUUUUUUGGAAAUCUUCUGUCGAGUGUGACAUAUCAACGACAGCCCUAGGACAGCGCACCUUGACGUUGACCAAUAGGAUAGAGUUUUUCAAGAACGCCUUGCCUCCCUCUCGCUGUAGUUGGCAUUUAAUUGCGUGCACCAUGGCGAAGAGAAAGCGGGAUGAGUGGAGUAAUGAAAUGGAAGAAAAGCUGGUGGACCUAUGGCAGCAGUACCCCGGCACUUUUGAUGCCGGGUGUGACGACUAUCAUGACUGCAUUACAAAAAAGAAAAAGUCGGAGGGAAAUAGCUGAUGCGCAUCAGAAAACCGGUGAGUACAAGAAGCCCAUUCACUCUCACAUGCUAUCGCUAGCAACACCUACUGUGAAGUUCUGUCCUAGCGAUUUCAUUUUUCUUUAUAUCCUAAUUUCAAUAGCGAGACCUACAGCUAUCAAUAAAAUCCACACAAAUGUGAUUUUAGUGCAUUGAAAUUACCGUUCUCCUUCUCAUUAAUAUCAGUUGGAGAGGUGCAAACAAAAGACACUUCCCUCAGGACGCAAUACAGCAAGCCGCUACGCCCAAAACCAAGUGGAAGACGUGAGAAACGACUAAGUCCAAGACUCAAAUGGACCUUGAAGACCUUGGAGUUUCGCCAUCCAUUUGCGGUUCACAGGCCCACACAGACCACUUUGAAGGGUGCAGCCAGCAAGGUGCAACUGUGGCAUUUAUUUCCAAUUCUAGGUUGGCGGUCUGCUGUCUGACAGGACAGUUGAGGUGGUUAGUGAUGAGGAUACUUCCAUGAAUUCCAUGUCAUCGCCAGCUGUGGACCCCAGUGCACUGAGCCUACCGAAUCCCUCUGAUACCACAUUGACUAAUUGUAGUUCCAGUCAUAGUUCUGCUGCUCACGUACAGAAGUCACAUCAGGCCAAACAACACUGUGAGGACAUUAUUGUGUUGGAGAAGGUUGCCAUACUAAAGAGUUUGGCUCAAGAGGUGAUAGAUGCCAGAAAUGAUGUAGAUGAAUGUUUUGGAAGACAGGUAGUAAGUGAAAUGAAGUAAAUUAAAGAUGAAGGGACCAAGACGCACCUCGGUUGAAAAAUAAUUCAUUUAUGAUGCACAAGAAGCAGCUGACAAAGCGUCACGUUCUGUCCCCCAAAGUCCAGCACAUCCAUACACACACCUUCCAACACCUUGGCAAGGGAACACAGGUGUCAUGCAUCCACCCAUCUACCAAAAUCUGCACAACAUGCAAUCAUCUUCUCCAAUGAGCUUUUUGGGAGCACUACAGGACACACAUGGGGAGAGACCACAGAACCUCAGACCUGGAGGACGGUGAGGAGGAAUGAGUAGACACACUGUCAUAGUGACCAUUCAUCAUAUUGUGAGGCAUCUACAGUGUGUGGCGGGAAAUGAAUGGUGUAUUCAUGUGAUUGGUACCUGAUCCAUCAGACCAGGGUAUAAUGCCAGGGGUACCAGCUACUGUGGUCCAAUGGGAAGACGGACAACUGGACAGGGCAAGCUGGCAAGGGAACCUCGGCCAAGGAGCGAGGCAGGGGCAUGGAGGAAUACCAGCAACUGUGGUCAGACAGGACGAUGGAUUGGAUGGGCAAAGCUGGCAAGAGAAGAUCUUCCCUGGAGAACUGUGAGGACAGCGGAUGGCCACAUCUACCAAGCUAUCAAGUACAUCUUAAUAAUUUAGAAUUGUGUCAAGAGCAUAAUUUAAUCAGGUACUUCAAUUCCAAAAGUAAAACUCAAGAGAGAUGCGCUACACACUCAGAGUGAAAUAUUUAUUUUGUGUGUGGAUGUAUAAUGUUGAUGAUUAUAGCUUACAGGAAACAAAAACAAAAAUUCACCAUCUCAAGAAAGUCAAAUAUUACAUAAUCAAGAUGGAAUGAAAAUGAUCUUUUUAAUUUAGAAAUUAUGCAAAUGUGUCAUCUGAAAAGUAUUUUCCCCAAGUGUUUAGUCAAUAUAAUGUAUGGGUACUGAAAUACUUUGUCAUAUUCCAAUUGAUUGAGAUUUAUUUGUAUUUGUCAUGUUGUGAGGUGUCUUACAAUGUGUGGCAGAACAUGAAUGGUGUGUUGAUGUUUCUGGUCCAUCAGGCCAAGGCAUGGAGGUAUCCCAGCCACUGAAGUAACCACUGCCACAUGCCAGUAAACCACUACUUACCAGCACUACAGCAGACCAAUGUGGAGUGACAUUCUAGAUGCCCGAGAUACGUCAAGAUUUGAGGGCUGUAAUCUGACAUAGUGCAAUCGUGAAAGUUCAAAUUUGUCUUUGUAGUCUGAUCCAGGCAUAAGCGAAAUAAAUUCAACA